AAAGAUAUGGGGUCCAAAUCCUCUGCGUGAGCGAUGCAUGACAGUGAAAAUCAAAUGGCUGGGAUGGUCUCAAUGUGCAUCCCUCACUGUCACUCAGUGCCUGUUCGUAAAGAAAUUUUAUGCAAAUACAUACAAAGCUUGAGCCUUAUAUUGAGAUUGACCUUGAAUAGAACUUAUUAGAAGGCAAAGUAUCUAUCAAGUCAACCCCAUGUGAGUUGUUUUUAGGAGUGUAAUUGUGCGAAGUGUUUUCUUUUUUGUGCCGUCUGCUGCGCACUUGAUGAUCAAGUAGCAGACGCAGUCUCGGAAGAGGUGGGAGAGAAAUGGGCGGAGAGAUGGGUAAGUACGUUUACAUGGUCUAUAGGACAUUGAGCUAUGGCCUCUCUCCUUUCCUCUAUCUUCACGUCCAAUGCCGAAGACUCCAAGGGCUCGAGCACCCUCUACGUUGGCAGGAACGCUUCGGCCGUCCUUCACUUCCCCGCCCUCCUGGACCUCUCCUCUGGUUUCACGCCGUCUCAUUAGGUGAAGGAAUGGCUGCAAUCCCAAUAAUCAAACACUGUAUUCAGCAACGCCCUGAUCUUACCAUUUUGAUGACGACGACCACAACCUCUGCAUUCAAUGUUAUAAAGGACCGGCUUCCACUUGGUGUCAUAUAUCAGUUUGCGCCCCUUGAUACUCCUUCUGCCAUGGAUGCUUUCCUCGGCUAUUGGGAUCCAAGUGCUAUUUUUCUGAUUGAAAGUGAACUUUGGCCUAAUCUUGUACUGGGAGCUUCCAGGAAAGGAAUUGUGGUGGCAUUGCUGAAUGCUCGGAUGUCUUCUAAAUCCUUCAAACUUUGGUCAGCUCCAGUUGCACUCCCCUUGAUUUCAUUGAUGCUAUCAAGAUUUUCAUUGAUUGCCCCAAUAAGCACAAUUGAGGCAAUCCAGUAUCAGCUGCUGCAAGCCCGACCUUUCACCAUCAACUUUGCUGGUGACUUGAAAUAUGCUGUAGGAAAUGCUGAAGCUUCUGAGCAAGAAUGUACUAUUAUGGAAGAUCUGCAGCUACAGCUUGCCAAUAGGCCUGUUUGGAUGGCUGCUUCUAUUCAUAAGGGUGAAGAAGAAGUUAUGCUUGGAGCUCAUAAAGUACUUGUGAAGAUGUAUUCUAACAUGUUGACUAUUAUUGUGCCCCGUCAUCCAUGGGAAGGCCGUCAGAUUGUCAUAGAAGUGCAGAAAGAAGGUUUAAAUGUUGUUUUGCGAUCUAGUGGUGAAAAGAUUUUGGCAAGCACAAAUAUCUAUGUGGUGGAUACACUAGGUGAACUAAGCUUCUUAUAUAAAUUAGCUCCAAUUGCUGUGAUUGGAGGUUCUUUCCUUCCUGGUUUAGCUGGCCAUAACAUUUCAGAAGCUGCUGCAGCUGGUUGUGCUGUUUUGACUGGUCAUCAUGUUGGACAUUUCUCUCACAUGGUGCUUGAAAUGCAGCGAUCAAAUCCUUUGUCAGUAAUGAAGGUUUCUGGUAAAUUAGAGUUGGUGGAAGCAUUGAAAGAACUCUUUAGCAAUGCCGAACUUCUGGAAGCACGUCGUAUGGCUGCAAAGCAAUCCUUUUUUGCUCUGUCAAGUGGGAUCAUCACAAAUAUUUGGAAUCUGAUAGAUCUCCAUGUUUUAAGAAAGGCAUUUUUAGCUAAAGAUGUAGUUGUGAAAUAAAAUAAAUGAGAAUGUCAAAGUUGGAUGUGCAUUGAGGUUCUGUAUGGUUUGUCAAUUUAGAAGCAUAUUGAGGCCCUUCAUUGUGUUCAAAUUGGGGCCACAUUGAGGUUCUUAAUGUUGCUCAGUGUUUGGCAUAACACGCUAGUCCCAGACAUUAGAAGUCAGAAGAUGUCAAUUCGUGGGUCUGAAAAUUGGGGAUUUUGACAUCUAGAGCCAAUUUUGUUCAUCUCCACGCCCUAAUCUUUGGUGGAUUACUCUAUCUUGCUAUUAUUUUGGACGAACUACAUAUUUUGUUUGAUAAAACCUUAGAAAAAUGACAAUAGAAGAACACAGACAAUUGUCAGUGAAUUCUUU